AUGAUUGGAGGCGGCUUGACGCCCAUACUUGCUGCCGGCUUCACCAAUGUUGCAGAGGACUACGAUGUUGAAGUCGAGAGAGUCUCUCUGACGACGGGUCUAUACAUGAUGGGACUUGGCAUCGGCUCAGUCGUCGCCUCCCCAACAGCCAUUCUCUACGGCAAGAGACCAGUCUAUCUCGUCAGUGCCGUCUUGUUGAUGAUCACAUCAGCAUGGUGUGCUUUGUCCCCAAAUUUCCCGUCUCUCAUCCUAGCCAGAAUCUUCCAGGGCAUCUCCGUCAGCCCAGUCGAAUGCUUGCCUUCUGCUACGAUUGCAGAGAUCUUCUUCCUGCAUGAGCGAGCUUAUCGUAUCGGCAUCUACACGCUGCUCCUACUCGGCGGAAAGAAUCUGGUCCCACUUGUCAGUGCUGCUGUCGUACAGAGCCUAGGUUGGCGCUGGACAUUCUGGAUUGUCCUGUUUGUGACUGUAUUUUCCGGAACUCUACUAUUCUUCUUCGUGCCUGAGUCAUUCUGGGACAGAUCGCCAAUUCCGAGGUCGCGAAAGCAUCACGGCGGCAGCAGACCAAGUUUCUUCCGCAGACUGUCCUCCAAGAAUGUUGUCCCGCGAGCGCCGGUGCCACCCCCUGCUCCUGAGACAGGCGGCUUGCCACCAGCUUCGCCGACACAUGAUCGGCAAAGAACUACUCACGUAGGCUUUGCAGGUGAUCAGGGAGCCGAGAAGGCGCCAGAACCGGCUGGCCUUGCCGGUGAACAGCAUCACGUCGGCUUUGCAUCGGCUUCGGACACCGACGAAAUAACACCUCAUGCUUCAGGUCCUGUAUCGCAGACACAUAGCGCUCGGCAGUCUGAACUACCGUUUGGAGCGACAGGAGAUUUGGAGAGCCCCCUAGCUCAUGACGGCGUAUCUGAGAAACACACCGGCCUCGAUGGUCUCGCUGAAGCCGGUGCGGCUAUCGACCAUGGAUCUGGCUCAGUGACGCCACGGCAAUCCUCAGUCAACUUCUCCGCCCGACAUCUUCCUCAGCAGACAAUGGAUGACCGCAAAUCCAGCUCCAGCUAUCCGGCGGCGUCCAAACCACACUACCAGGCUGAAGAUCAUCACGAUACCGACAGUGAGAGGCAGUCUAUCAGAGGCACGGCGAGAAACGCUUAUACCCACAACUUGCGAGACAUGCCCGCGCGGUCUUUCGUGCAACAUCUCAAACCCUUUCAUGGCCGUAUCAACAAGGACAGCUGGCUGAAGGCUGCCACGCGGCCAUUUAUCCUGUACAGCUACCCAUCUGUCCUCUGGUCUGCAGCUGUCUACUCUUGCUCCAUUGGCUGGUUGAUUGUCAUAUCUGAAAGUGUGGCCGUCAUCUACAGAGACAGCGAGAGCUACAACUUCGAUGCUCUGCAGACCGGUCUCGUCUACAUCAGCCCCUUCAUCGGCGGCGUCCUCGGGACCGCCGUGGCCGGCAAAGUCUCCGACGUCAUCGUCAAAGCGAUGGCGCGGCGCAACGGCGGGCUGUACGAGCCCGAGUUCCGCCUCGUCAUGGCGGUGCCCAUCACCAUCACGACGGUCAUCGGGCUGAUGGGCUUCGGCUGGAGCGCGGAGGAGCGCGACGCGUGGAUCGUGCCGACCGUCUUCUUCGGCAUCGUCUCGUUCGGGUGCUCGCUCGGCAGCACGACCUCCAUCACGUUCUGCGUCGACAGCUACCGCCAGUACGCGGGCGAGGCGCUCGUCACGCUCAACUUCAGCAAGAACAUCUUCCACGGCCUGGUCUUCAGCCUGUUCGUGACGGGCUGGAUCACGAGCGACGGGGCCAAGACUGUGUUUAUCUGGAUCGGCGUCAUCCAGCUCAUCUUCCUGCUGUUUAGCAUCCCGAUGUUUAUAUACGGGAAGAGAGCGCGCAUGUGGACGGUGCGGAAGAACUUCAGUAAGCAACUUUCGGAAUCCGUUUUUCACCUCUUUCAGCCAUAUUUGGAGUCAUGGAGACAAAGACACUGUCCUAAUAUGGAUGACUGCUCCCGCGACUUCUCUUUGCGAGCCCUUCCCUACUCUUUCACUGUCCUUAUAAGGUAA